GUUCUCUGUAGUAUGGCAAGAUAUCAACUAUGCACGCCAGUAUCACCAAACAGGAGAUGUGACACUCGAUGGCAUACAUGGAGGGGGUCAAUUAAUGCAUGCUUUAGGUUUCAAUGAGCCACCGACGUAUCAGAGAUGUACGGCAGAAUUCAAAUACGUCAACACAUCAAUGAAUUCCAUCCGUCCGCUUACCUUCUCGAGGCUUCAGCUGACGGGUCAGUUUUAUCUAGUGCAGACCAUCAGACUCCAGAAGGAUGCUCAUAUACUUACAGAUGAAGAUAAACACCUGAAUUCUGCACACGCAGAUCUCGGAGAAAUUUCCUUGGCCAUCUGGCCUGUGAGUGUGAUUGGCAUGGGCCACCGAAAAAAUACAAUCUCUGCUAAGGGAACGAUAGUUCACGAGCGCUCAAAGAAGGCAUCAAGUCACUGUGUGGGGUUUGGAGAGGAGAUCCGUGUGCCACCGCAACAGGUAAUUAACGUGGCGCGCGUUGGAAUAACCCCCACGGCUACAUUUGUUUUCAGGUACAGACCAUUUGAUCGACUCGUGGCAGAUGGUAUUGCCCCGCCACCUAUGCAACCUUCAUGGGGAACCAAGCGUGAAGCUCCUGUAGACGUACCAGAAUCUGAAGAUUACAACGAUGGGACAGGCUCAGAUAUAGAUGAUGAAGCCUUGCGUGAGCUUAAUGCGCUGAAAGCACAAGUGAAAAGGCUCGAGGAAAGAAUAACCACUACCCGCAGUGCCAAGAGGGUAAAAUUGGAGUCCAGUGACAGCAUGCGGAGUCAGUGAGACGUUGAGAAGUAUCACUACCUUAUAGCGCACACAACGUAAUUCCGACCCACGUCUUUCUUUUGGACUCUCACUCUGUCACAUUCACAUGCAUGAGAAAACGCGCAUCGAGGUUUGACUGUUUUCCGCUCCAAUAAUGUCCCCGUCCCGCACACCGUAACGAAGGAAAUGCUUUAGAGCAUUCAACAGCAUUGCAUCUUCGCCUAUUUCCGUAUCCAUCUACCAUUAAUUGACGUCAAAUCUGCAUCGGCGUUGACCAUCCCCUCGUCAUGCUCCAAUUAUAUUUCAAUCUUGUACAAUCGGCCGUGGUU